CCCCGAAUGACAUUUACGGCUUUCGUAAGUGGCGCCUUAUCAAUCGAGCAUCUCCAUCCCCAUCCAUCUUCGUCUCCGUCUCCAUCCGUCCUCUGCAGAGAACAAACAAUAUCGACUAUUCUCCCCAACUUAGUACUGUUGAAAGACUCCGUCCGGUCUGACCUUUACUAGGCCACCCCAUCCUGUUCUAUUCAUUCACUCGAUUCCCUUUCCCCUCUCCCCGCGGAGCCCAUUUCAUCUACGGAGCCCGUAACCGAUCGCUGGAUAGACAGACAAAACCCCACCAUGGCCCCGUCCGCCGUUGCCAACGAUGCCGAGUCCCCGGUCGCAGAGGCCCGCGGAGCCGCCGUCGUGCCCAAGGAGGCAUCGCACACCAAGCACGGCCAUGAGCUCGUCAAUAAGACGCCGCUGCAGGCCAUGUCCCACGGCGACGUCGUGCUCGCCGGCAUCCCCGAGUUUCCCGACUUCGCGUCCAAGCGUCAGUGGCAGCUCGAGCACAUGGCCGCCGCGUUCCGCCACUGGGCCCGCGAGGGCUACGUCGACGGCAUGAGCGGCCACAUCUCCGUCCGGGACCCCGAGUUCCACGACGCCUUCUGGACGAACCCGCUCGGCCGCCAUUUUGGACUGCUUAAGGCCAGCGACAUGAUCCUCGUCAACCUCGACGGCGCCGUCGUCGGCGGCAACCGCUCCAAGCCGCCCAACACGGCCGGCUUCCUCAUCCACGCCGCCGUCCACAAGGCCCGCCCGGACGUCCAUGCUGUCUGCCACAGCCACAGCCUCCACGGCAAGGCCUGGUCCGUCUUCGGCCGCCGCCUCGAGAUGCUCACCCAGGACGCCUGCAAGUUUCGCGGCGACGCCCACAGCGUUUACAACAGCUACGGCGGCGUCGUCCUCGGCCCCGAGGAGGGCGAGGCUAUCGCCAAGGCGCUCGGUCCCAGGGGCAAGGGUUGCAUCCUGCGGAACCACGGCCUGUUGACCGUCGGCCAGACCGUGGACGAGGCUGCCUUUCUCUACACCUCCAUGGAGCGCAGCUGCCGCGUCCAGCUGCUGGCUGAGGCGGCCGCCGCCAACGGGCUGGAAAAGGUCCUGAUCACGGACGAGGAGGCGCAGUUCAAUUUUGACGUCGAGAGCGACCCGGAAAUCUGCUACUGCGAGUUCCAGGUGUAUUAUGACCUGGAGGACGAGUUGACGAAUGGUGCCUUCAAGAAAUAGAU